GCUCCGGAUGUUCCGCAACCCGGGCCGCUCACAGGUGGAGGAUCCCGGGGCCUAUGACGGUGCUUCGGAGCGGGAGGCGCCAGCGGGCUGUAGAGAGGCCGGGUUGAGAUCCUGGAGGCGCGCGGGGGUGGGCGCUGCAGCCGCGGGUUGUUUAUCUGGAGUACGGAGGGGAGGGGGGAGCCUGGAAACCGCCCCGUGUCCCAUUUCCUCCUCUUGUUUUCGCUCCGGAUUCUCCAUGUUGGACCCAAACUGAGGAGCCCGGAGCUGCCGCCGGGGGAUCGGGGCCGGGGGCAACCGGGGGAGCCGUUGCCCGGGCCUCCCGCUCUCCGUACAGGCCGCCUCCCUUCCCGGCCCAGGGGAGGAACAAGAGCAGGGAUGUGAACAGCAGUGGGAGUCGGAGUCUCGGGAGCCGGAGCCGGAGCGGGCCCCCGCCCAGGCCCCCCAGCCCAGCCCAGCCCAGCCUGUGCGCCCGCGCGUCCUCCCGCCCAGCCAGCCCGGGCCCGCGGGAUUGUUAGAUGGAACACGGCUCCAUCAUCACCCAGGCGCGGAGGGAAGACGCCCUGGUGCUCACCAAGCAAGGCCUGGUCUCCAAGUCCUCUCCUAAGAAGCCUCGUGGACGUAACAUCUUCAAGGCCCUUUUCUGCUGUUUUCGCGCCCAGCAUGUUGGCCAGUCAAGCUCCUCCACUGAGCUCUCCGCAUACAAGGAGGAAGCCAACACCAUUGCUAAGUCGGAUCUGCUCCAGUGUCUCCAGUACCAGUUUUAUCAGAUUCCAGGGACCUGUCUGCUCCCGGAGGUGACAGAGGAAGAUCAAGGAAGAAUCUGCGUGGUCAUUGACUUGGAUGAAACCCUUGUGCAUAGCUCCUUUAAGCCAAUCAACAACGCUGACUUCAUAGUGCCUGUAGAGAUCGAAGGGACCACUCACCAGGUGUACGUGCUCAAGAGGCCUUACGUGGAUGAGUUCCUGAGACGAAUGGGGGAACUCUUUGAAUGUGUUCUCUUCACUGCCAGCCUAGCCAAGUAUGCUGACCCUGUGACGGAUCUGCUAGACAGGUGUGGGGUAUUCCGGGCCCGCCUGUUCCGUGAGUCCUGUGUGUUUCACCAGGGCUGCUAUGUCAAGGACCUCAGCCGCCUGGGAAGGGACCUGAGGAAAACCCUCAUUCUGGACAACUCGCCUGCUUCUUACAUCUUCCACCCAGAGAAUGCAGUGCCUGUGCAGUCUUGGUUUGAUGACAUGGCAGACACUGAGUUGCUGAACCUGAUCCCAAUCUUUGAGGAGCUGAGCGCAGCAGAGGAUGUCUACACCAGCCUUGGGCAGCUGCGGGCCCCUUAGCCUUCCCUGCUGCCAAGCAAUGGCCAUCCCAGUAGGGGACUUUCCUACACUGUGCCUUUAUGAUCAGCCUGACAGAGCGGAAUCUGGAGCAUCUCACCAAAUGAGACCUGGAAAUAGAAGUGAUUGGAAAGAGCUUUAGGACAGGUUAGAUGCUGAGUGGGCAGAUAUCAGACCAGCGAUACCCAGAGCUGCCUGCUCCCUGAGUUGGGUUCCCAAGAUGUGAGUAAGUGUGUGUAUUUGUGUGUGUGUGUGUGUAUGAGUGUGUCUUGCCUUGAACUGUGGUCCCGGGAUAUAAGUGUUUCAGGUUGGGGGAGAAAGUGAAUGAUCAGGACUCUCCCCAAGUUAGUUUGUCUCCUCUCCUGUCACCGAGAGCCACCGAGCUCUAUAGGAAUGAAGACCAUUGAAGGCUCCGUCGCCAAACCUAUGGCCUUUCCUCAGUGUUGUAAGGCUUAUGCCACGGAGAAAGGUAGGGUCAGAGGCUGCCUUCGGGUGCCCCAGGCACACAUCUUCCUGAAGCCUUUCUCCAGCCAACUGCUGCAGACGACAUUUCUGGGGAGAUGAAAGCUUGUAUCCAGAACUCGUAGCCCCAGUGGCCAUCAGGCCCUGUGGCCCAAGGGCUGCGCUAGCCUCUGGCUGAGUGCCUGGCUCGGGCCCUUGUGUCUCCCCAGGCUUGGGUGCCGGGCCUGCCUUCCUCACUGCCUAGCCAUAGUCUUGAACCUGUGGGGAAGGAGGUCUUCUCCCUGCCCUGGAAGAGGACAGAUAACUGAUUUCCGUUCUUUUGACUCUGUUUUAAAAUUCUCUUUCGAAAUACGGAGUGUUGUUGGGCUGUUUUGUUUCUGACAGAGCUGCAGUCCUGGGCCUGAGGUGAACGUGGGAGGCCCUGGCGGUGCAGGGAAGAGGAAAAUCCCAAGGGCAUGAGUGUGUGUGUCCUGUUGGCUUGUAGGUCAGCUGGGCUCGGGAUGUGUCGCAAAGUCUGCUCUUCAGGCAUUCUCUGCUGGUGCUGCCGCAGGGACUUUGUCCCCAAGUCUGGGAAGGACGCUCUGGGUCCCACCCACCUGUUUCUUGGGCAGGGCUCUUUUCUCUCGUGUCUUCCCCCAGGGCCAGGUGUCUUCGUCCUUCCUGGCUGUUGCUUUUUCUCGCCAGGGUCUCAGGCACUCCUGCGUUUCCUGGGCUGAGGGGCUGGGUGUUCUCACCGUUUAGUUUGCCAACGUAACGCACGUGCCUCCUGCCAAUGGUAACAGGUGUGAGUGAGCUCUUCACACACCUGUGCUUUGCGUGUCUCUUUGCUUUCAAAGUUUCUUAAUAGUGAAUGCUUUAAAAAA